ACAGCCCACUACCCAACGUUUGUUGUGUGUGCGCGUGUACGCGCGUCGACGAGUCCGAGCAGGUAAGAUAUCAAGCGCCACGAGGAAUAAGUCUUGUGAAACAUUUUGUGAAUAACUUAUCGUAGUUUUUGUUGUUUAUUUACAUCGGGAGGCGGAAGAAAAAAAAUCUCCCGCUCUCGACACGUUUGCUAAGCGAGGAUCACGCGCUAUUGGAGGAAGAGAAGGACGGGGGAUGGGGUAAGCAGAAGGUGGGGGGAGGCUGAUACUGUGCAUGCGCCUUCUUGGCUCGUCGGCGUGUACGCGCGCAGGGUCGAUCGAUGCAAGAGAGAGAGAAAGAUCUUGACUGGGCCGGCCUUAGCGUGGCUCUCUCCGGCCUCGAUUAUUUGCCACUUUGCCUCGACGGACCAACAGUUUAGGAGUGUUUGUGUGUCCCCUCCGACACUCUGCCGGCGCAAGUCGGCUUGCACGGCCGCCACCGAGGCCACGCACGAGGCGGGCCUGCCGGAGCGGAGAGGUGAGGCGUUUGAGGAAACUGCAACUUUUCCAACUUGGAAGAAGUGAAUCCAGUGCAAGCAUUAGUGAUGCCCGCGACACACCCUCAACCCGUAUCUAUGCAGGACCAGCAUGUUGAAGAGGGACCCAUGGCUAAUAUCCCCGUCUCAGGUCCGGCCACGGCUGUCCUUUCCUCCACACCUCAUUCUCCCACCACGGCCAUCUCUGUGGCGAGUACCAACAAAAGUGUGACAGCCCUCCACUCUCCUGCCGAGGCCAGCCCGGCAAAGCCCACUGUGGCAUUGCCCACCGUCUCGGGGAUGAGCCCGGCUGGCUCGCACAUCGCCUCUGCAUCGGAUUCGCCGGCGUUUUCUGCGAGCAUCACAAAAUCGGCGGUGGUGGAUUUUGGGCGUCCAAACCCUGACGAUGAGCAACCUAAUAUGCUGAUGUGCAAAGGCGUGAGCGUGACCCUGGAGAACGACCGCGUGUGGAAGCAGUUCCACAGCUGCGGCACGGAGAUGAUCCUCACCAAGCAGGGCCGCCGCAUGUUCCCUUACUGCCGCUACCGCCUGGCUGGACUGGACCCUGAGCGACACUACAGCCUGAUGCUCUCCAUUGUACCUUCAGACAAAUACAAGUACCGCUGGAACUCCCCCAAGUGGGAGGUGGUGGGCCCGGCAGAGAUCCAGGCCCAGGUUGCGGCGCGGGCCUUUCCCCACCACCACUCACCGUGCCGCGGCUCGGACCUCAUGGAUAGCAUGUUGUCCUUCUACAAACUCAAAGUCACCAACAACCCCAAAGACAUGGAGGGCCAUAUCAUCCUCACCUCCAUGCACCGCUACAUUCCCCAGCUCCACAUCAUUCCCCUGUCCAACGACAUCACAACGCCACCGGUCGUGGGACCCGAAAGCUUGACGUUCACCUUCCCGCAGACGGAGUUCAUGGCAGUGACCACCUACCAGAAUGUUCUCGUCACACAGCUGAAGAUCAACCACAAUCCUUUCGCCAAGGGCUUCAGGGAGGACAGGUUCGGACCCAACUUGAGCGAUGUCCCGGUAGAGAAACUGCAGCUCAAGAUGGAACCACCCGAGGAGCAGCCAGAAUGCAAACCUGUUGACCUAAGCCUUCUGAGUGCUGACUCGGCCUAUCUUCCCACUGAACAAGAGUCCAAUCUUGUCCUGAAGCCAAUCACAUUCUCUCCCACCAUCAACCACGAUUCAGUCACUCAGUGCGUGCAAGGCAGACAAGCCGCCGGAGACUUGAGGAUUGUACUGAAACGUUCACUGACGAAAGGCGAAAACACAGACGACGACAAGUCGCCCAGCAAGCGGCUACACAUUGAGACCCCCCAAAAAUCCUCUGUGAGUUCUGCGCCGUCGCUCCAGAGAACCUUGUAUCGGCGCCACAACAACAGGAACGGGCACUGGAGCAGAUUGGAGGGAGGAUGGAAUCCUGCUACCUUAGCUUGUGGCAGACCCUCAGCGAGCUCCACCACAGAGCCUGAAUUGGAUGAAGUCGAGGGCCUCACCUUUGUCUCAUUCGCCACCAGGGAAGCUCUGGAGAGUCACAUCCGAGCCGAGCCAUCCAACAAGUCUCUGCCGGUAUCACCUGAUUCCUCCCUGAUGACUCCCACGCAGCAAAUGAAAACUGAAGAGGCCACUCCAGAGACUACAGAGGAGAAGAUUGGUCGCCUUGAGGCCAUUUUACUACAGGACCUCAAAGUGGCCAAGCACAGACAGGUGAUCCAUCCUGUCCUGGAGGAGGUGGGCUUGAAGUUGAGCUCUCUGGAUCCCAGCAUGCCCGUUGACCUGCUCUACUUGGGGGUUCGCCUGCCACUGCCACCCUUCAACCAUGACAGUGAGGGUUUGACUUUCAUCUCCCGAACAGGAAAAACAAGUGACGUGACUAAAAUAAAGGGUUGGAAGAACAAGUUUGUUCAAAGCAAGCAGCCAAGCGAUGGCUCCCAGAAAAACCUGUCGGCCUUCUGCAGCAACAUGCUGGAUGAGUACUUGGAGAGCGAGGCCCAGCAGAUCAGCGAACGCGCCGCCGCAUUCUCCACCGGCCCCGAAGCCCCCGUGGCCUACCAGCUGCCCGCUAAAAGCGCCAGCUACGUGAAGACGCUGGACAGUGUCCUCAAGCAUCGCAAGACGCCCGCUGGCAUCAACAACAAGCCCUGCCCUCUCUCCUUUAAGCCACUGCUCUAUGCUGCAUUGACAUCGCCACCCCCGUACCUGACGAGAACUCCGACCAACACCAUGCUUCGUGCCUCGAAUCCACAGAGAUCAACGGAGGCUUCCCGGCUGAUGACUGCCAUCACGUCAACUGCCCCACCGAUUGUCCAGCAGAAACUGUUGGAAAUGGAGGACGAUGUCAUUAGCCAGGGUUGUACCCGAACGUGCCUGACACCAACGAGGGUCUCAGCCUCGCUGGCUGCUAUGCUAACCAAAGAGACACUGCACCAGCAGGCAGAGAAAUCCCCCCCACAUCCACUUCGGAAGAUGACGAGGCCAGAAUGCAGACAAGAGUUCUGCCGACUGGGCUGUGUGUGCUUCAGUCUCAGUUAUCCCGUCGUGGGUCCGCUCCACUGCCGCCAGCCUGCAUGCAUGUUUGGCUGUGCUUGCUCCAAGCGGACUACACAAGAUACUUGGCAGCAGGAUGAAGUGAAUAGUGCAGGGACCAGUCUUGAGCACAAGCCGUGUUCCACCUCGCAGUCCAAUAAACUGUGGAAUCGCAAUAUUUUUGACGCGGAUCCAGAUCCGCUCUAUCAACCCAAAAGCCAAUGUGCGCCCCCUGUAAACCCCCUCAAGCCGUAUAUGGCACUUCCCAGGCAACAGAUUCAAGAAGAGGACAAGGAUCCUGUGUACAAGUACCUGGAGAGCUUCCUGACUUGCGCGCGGGUUCGCCCGUUCAAAAGCAAGCCGCCAUCUCAAAACACCAUUGAUUACAUUCCAACACUGGCCACCAACUCCAAGAAGCGUAGUCGGGCCCCAUGCGAACCCAAAAAGCAAGAAAACACAGUAUUAAAAGAGAAACUGAUUAAAAAACAGAUCGAGAUCCAGUCGGUAUGCCGCUGGGAGGAAGACCGUGAGAUGAUCUUGCAGAUUUUGUGCACGCGCCUUAAUCAGGAUAAACUGUGCGAGCCCUUCAACAUUGGACCAUACCUCAUCCACCCUGUCACCAAGAUCUUUAUCCAGAAGCCUAGCGAGUCCAACCUCACCUAUAGGGUGCGCGUCAGUCGACCGGCAAACGUUCGCGUCGAAGCUGAGGAGCAGAACUCUAAUGAGGACGCGCCGGACCCAAUGGAAAAAAAAACCAAGCAGCUCGUGUGGCAAUCCGAAGUCAAGCCCUUCCUAAGUGGCGUGUUGCCCGCUGGCCUGAUGGUGGCCAGAACCAAACCAGUUAGCGGCCAAACGUCUGAACUCAUACAGGUCAAUGGCAAACCCUACAACUAUGUUAACCUGCUGCUUGGCAGCAUGGGGUCACUGCACCCAGCCAACCGGCUUGCGGCGUACGCCACAGGCAGGCUGCAGCGGCGCUCCGACCUAACUCGCAAGGUGGACCAUUCCCCCAUCACUGCUGUGCGCAAAGUUGGGGCAAAACUAGACAAUCAAAACUUGAAUGCAAAACCUGACAUUCAGAACUUGAAGGCUACUGGCAGACUGAUGCCCAUAGCGAUGCCAGCGAAGGACAGUACUGAUGUUCAGACCCAUCCGCUUUUUCCAUUGUUAAAGCAACCGUGUGUGAAAAAAGACCCCGAAAGUCCAACGGGGAGGCAGCUCGGCCCUCUCGCUGCCAUCAACCCUUUCCAGCGGUCGGGCCGCUCGACCGUCUCACUCACAGUGUCACCUUCACUGAAGACACCCAGCUUCUUGAGCCAGAGCGGCACCUAUUCCUUCAGAAUCUGCCCACCGUGUAACCCGAGCAAGAAGGACAAUAACUGUCCCAGCGUCACCCUGCCGGGGGGCUUUACCCUCAUUCGCUUACCCAAGUCAGACAGGCCGAACGAACCCACAAAUAUAGUGGCGCAGCAGGGGACAACUAACGAGGAUGUGCCGGUGGCCACUAAAGGAACCCAGGGAAUGAAGGACGAGCAACCAAUUUGUUCUUCAGAAGACUGUGAAUCCAGUUUGUCUGACGACAGCGCAGACCAUGACAGUGAUGUGGACUCCACUGUAGACAUCGAGACCAUCGAGGAGUCCAAACAGGAAGUGGCCAUUGCAAGACUGAAGGAAGCGGCCCGGAGUGAAUCAACCGUAUUGUGCACGGGCAAAUUGGAAAACCCCAGCACAAGGAGGCGCAGGGACCAUUCUGUUACCGAGAAGCAACGGCGCUUGGAGCAACGUGCACUUUUUGACGAGCUGCAGAAUGUCCUCGGUCAACCUGGAGGUUCCAAACUACACCUUCUCUCAAUGGCUUUAAAGGAAAUCCAUAUGCUGAGAGCCAUCUCUGACGGCCUUCUGGAGAGGAAGAAGAAGCUGGCCCAGAUCCAAGCGAUUUACUUGAAGAAAUUGUCCUGCUUGACUGGGAAGCCUGAGGAACUGAUCAAAGGCAAUUUGGACCUGAUCUUCAGUAGCUUGAAGGACAAAGGUGGCUCAAAAGCAGAGCCUUUCUUCAUGCGUCUGUACCAAUCCAAAAAGGAGCAUGCCAAAGAUGCCACCAGUCCACCCCCCCCAGUCCCAACCACUCAACUACUUCCAUCACCACCACCAAAGCCACCCCCCGAGCUCCUUCCACUAACACCGCCCCCGCUGUCCGAAGUUCCAGAAUGCCAAUCUGAAACCCCAUCACUUCCGCCUCCCACACCCCAAAAGAUUGUUCCACCUGCUCCAAAUCUCAACGAUGCCUCAGCACCUGCUGUGUCGGCUCCACCCCCCAAGGAGGUGUUGACCCAACCUGCACAACAAUUUGCCAUCCCUCUGGUUCGCUCCAAGACAGGCAGACUCAUCCUGCCUUCGUCGAUGAGACCUGCAGGCCAAGGCAUCUACACGUUCAUGCUCAUGAACCCCAACCAGGAUGCAGACGUUACUACCCAGUCUUCCAGCACCGACUCGACCAUCCCCCUGGACCUAGCGUCACCUCCCUAUGCAGCAAAACCCAUAAACCAGGAUAGUCCUGAACAGAAGGCGAUCUCCACCAAUGGUCUUCAAAGCGUGCCGACAGCAGCUCCUGGGAAGCAGGUGCCACAGCAGUCUAAUUUGAGCGCAUCUGCCGCACGUCGGCCAAGAGGAAGACCUCGAAAGGGUGAAAGCAUCCUGAAAAGGAAAGAAAAACCAGACAAGGAUGAAACAUUCAUUCCAAACAAUUGUAAGGACCAGCCAAUUAAACGCAGGAGAGGGCGACCCCGCAAAAGCGAGCCCUCUGCAAGCCCCGAAUACAAUGUUGGUGGUGGGGCGUCACGGCCACGCACGCGAGGCUCCCUGGGUAAGGACUUCCCCAGCGCCAAGCGCCAGUCCUGGAUAGACAUAGAGAUGGAGCUGGACCCCGAUUCAGACUCAGAAUAAGAACAUUUUUGACUACAACCUCAGGCCGACUUGUUCACACCAGAUGUGCCUACCUAUGUUUUUGCGUGCGUGUGUCUGUGUUUGCGUCAGGGUUGCAAAAGGAAGGAACAUUCAUAAGACAUUUCCAUUGGAAGUUAAAAGAUUGGGGAAUGCUUUAAAUCCUGAAAAUUACAUCAUAAUCACAAACAUCAAUAUGUUUUUCCAUCAGCAAACACCCUUACAAAUUCAAUUGAGCAGCUGCUUAUGUAAAGUCCACAUACACCGUAAAUAACCAAGUAGCAAUUAUUUACUGUAAAUUUUUUUCAAUACUUGUAUGAAAUUGAGUUGUAUGGAUUUGCUCAAAUAGAUAUAUUUAAGUUCUGUAGUAAGAGCAACCUUUAUAUUAGUACAUUUCUCUUCCCCUCAUGGAUUUCCAUUAAUUUUGACAUAAAGUUCACAAUGUGAAUUUUGUAAUCUUGGUUUGGGGAUAUGAAGACCAAGACCACUGUGAAUAUUCAAUGCUCCUCACUGGUCUCACUGAAUCAGGAUAUUUUGGUGCCAAGACGUCAGGAAGCAUUAAUUGACCUGCUGAAUGUAGCUUCAUGAAACAUGUCACAGCUUCCACCACUAUUUGUGAUUUAGUUGUUGCUGUUGUUUUCCAUUUAGUGGCCCGAAUAAAAAGCCUCUGCUGUAAAUGUUAAGCAUUGCAUUUUAACACACACUACUGUUAUGAGGAUUUUAAUAGAUUUUUUUUUCUGUUGGCCUGUGGAAAUCAUGUUUGUUACGAGCACUUUGUUUUUUGAAAGUAAAUGAUUUGAACAACAUAAAGACUACCAUGUGUUGUAUCUAUUAAAAGGACUAAUAUUGUGAA